GAUGGAAGGCAAGUAGUGGACUCGAAAGUAGACACGGGCCGGACCCGACCAUCUCUGCUCACACCCGCAUCCCCGUGGCCCUAAACCAAACCCAAAUUCCCCAACCCCACCUCCCCACGCCGCCGCCGCCGCAUCGAUGGGACGCAAAGACACCUCCUCCUCCUCCGCCGCCGCCGGCGGUGGCAAGAAGGACAAGCCCAUGUCGGUCUCCGCCAUGCUUGCCUCCAUGGACGCGGCCAAGGCCAAGCCCUCCAAGGCGUCGGCCCCCUCCAAGCCCAAGGCCAAGCCCUCCAAGGCGCCGGCCUCCUCCUACAUGGGCGACAUCGACCUGCCCCCCUCCGACGACGAGGAUGACGAGGCCGACCUCGCCGCCGCCGCCGCCAAGCCCAAGCCCGCCCGCGCCGCCGCCGUCGACCUCAGCGCCGCCGCGCCGUCGCAGAAGGACGCCAAGAAGAAGGACAAGCGCGAGACCAUGGCGGCUGCGGCCGCCGAGGCCGCCAGGAAGGAGGCGCUCCGCGAUGACCGCGACGCUUUCUCCGUCGUCAUCGGCGCGCGUGUCCCAGGAUCCGCGGGGGGCGGCCCCGACGGGGAGGGCGCCGUCGACGACAACGUCAAGGACAUCGUGCUCGAGAACUUCUCCGUCUCCGCGCGUGGCAAGGAGCUGCUCAAGAGCGCCUCCCUCCGGAUCUCGAACGGCCGCAGGUACGGCCUCGUCGGCCCCAACGGCAUGGGCAAGUCCACCCUGCUCAAGCUCCUGUCGUGGCGCCAGGUCCCCGUGCCCCGGAACAUUGAUGUACUGCUCGUGGAGCAGGAAAUUAUUGGUGACGACCGAUCGGCCCUCGAGGCUGUCGUCGCGGCUGAUGAGGAGCUUACCGCACUGCGUGCUGAGCAGGCGAAGCUUGAGGCCUCUAAUAAUGCUGAGGACAGUGACCGGCUUAUCGAGGUGUAUGAGAAGCUUAAUCUCCGGGACUCAGACGCUGCCCGGGCGCGUGCAUCAAAGAUCCUUGCAGGCCUGGGGUUCGAUCAGGCGAUGCAGGCCAGAUCCACAAAAUCGUUUAGUGGUGGUUGGAGGAUGCGCAUAUCGCUUGCCCGUGCGCUCUUCAUGCAGCCAACGCUGUUGCUCCUUGAUGAGCCGACUAACCAUCUGGAUCUGCGAGCUGUGCUAUGGUUGGAGGAAUACUUGUGCUCGCAGUGGAAGAAGACAUUGAUUGUUGUGUCCCAUGACAGGGAUUUCUUGAAUACAGUGUGCAAUGAGAUCAUACACUUGCAUGAUAAGAGUCUGCAUGUGUACCGUGGAAAUUUUGAUGAUUUUGAGAGUGGGUAUGAGCAGAAGAGGAAGGAGAUGAACCGGAAGUUCGAGGUGUAUGAAAAGCAGAUGAAAGCAGCCAGGAAGACCGGGAGCAAGGCUGCACAGGAUAAGGUUAAAGGCCAUGCGCUGUCAAAGGCUGCUAAAGAGGCUGCCAAGAACAAGGGGAAGGGGAAGAAUACGGCAGAUGAUGACGAUGACCUGAAACAGGUCGCUGUGCCACAGAAGUGGCGUGACUACAGUGUUGAGUUCCAUUUCCCAGAGCCUACUGAGCUAACACCACCUCUCCUUCAGCUCAUUGAGGUGGGAUUUGGCUACCCUGGUCGGCCAGACUUCAAGCUGUCUGGUGUUGAUGUUGGCAUUGAUAUGGGAACACGUGUAGCCAUUGUUGGGCCCAAUGGGGCAGGGAAGUCUACCCUGCUUAAUUUACUUGAUCAUGAUCUUACCCCAACUGAAGGAGAGGUAAGAAGGAGCCAGAAGCUGAGGAUUGGGCGAUACUCACAGCAUUUCGUUGACUUGCUAACAAUGGAGGAAAAUGCAGUUCAAUAUUUGCUCAGGCUCCACCCUGACCAGGAGGGAAUGAGCAAGGCAGAGGCGGUCCGUGCCAAGCUUGGGAAGUUCGGUUUACCAGGACACAACCAUCUUACUCCAAUUGUUAAACUAUCUGGUGGUCAGAAGGCCCGUGUUGUGUUCACUUCAAUAUCAAUGUCACAUCCUCACAUUCUCCUGCUGGAUGAGCCAACAAAUCACUUGGACAUGCAAAGUAUUGAUGCAUUAGCAGAUGCACUGGAUGAAUUCACUGGAGGUGUUGUCUUGGUAAGCCAUGACUCGCGAUUGAUAUCUCGUGUUUGUGAGAAUGAGCAGAAGAGCGAGAUAUGGGUUGUGGAGGAUGGCACUGUGAACAAAUAUGAUGGAACCUUUGACGAUUACAAGGAUGAACUCAUGGAAGAAAUAAAAAAGGAAGUUGAAGAAUAAUGCUGCUCCUAGUGAGUUGUUCAUUGUUUGUUCUUUAUAGAACAAGCUGCUUUCUUGCCCUGAAGUUGCAUGCACUAUUAGCGGGUUUUGUUUUCUCUGGUUUGCAGAGUAUUCGUAUGGUUACGAGUCCGAAACACUAUAAGAUGAGCUGUGCUUGCUUUACUUUAUGUUAUAAGAGUCUUAACAAUCUGAUAAUAUUUGUUUGUAUGAUUUGUUCCAGUGAUAUACUACAUCUACAUUAAUUGCA